GUGAGUUGUCGGGUGGCCUUUGGGUGGCCUCUCUUUGAACCACAAGCUGGAAAUCGCCAGAGAAAAACUACUUGCCAGGCAAUCAUGGCUGAAUCAGGCCCGAAUAAAAGUGACAUUACGGCGAUUUUCAAGCAUUUACGGAACCAACCUGCUAAUAAGGUGUGUUUCGAUUGCAACGCCAAAAACCCAACAUGGUCGAGCGUGACCUACGGCGUGUUCAUCUGCAUCGACUGCUCAGCUGUCCACCGUGGCCUUGGGGUGCACCUCACCUUUGUGCGGUCCACCCAGCUCGACACCAACUGGACCUGGAUCCAGCUCAGGCAGAUGCAGCUUGGAGGAAACGCCAAUGCUAGCUCCUUCUUCCGGCAACACAAUUGCUCCACUAAUGACGCCCAGCAAAAGUACAACUCGAGAGCUGCCCAGCUCUACAGAGAAAAGUUGCACCAGUCGGCAAUUCAAGCCAUGCGAAUACACGGAAAUAAGAUCAACCUUAAAUCAACCCUGAAUAAACCGGGAACAUCUUCGGUGCAUUUAGAUGUUCCACACGAGCCGGUGGCGGCCAAGAAAGAGGAGGAGGCUGAUUUCUUCGAGCAAAACACACAGUCCCAGUUGUUUUCCUUCAAUCAGCCUACUGAAGACAUUCUGUCUCCAGUUAUCAAUAAACCAGUGCCUAAGAAACAGACAGAUGAGCGGGAGCCAAAUGUGAGUGCGAUUCAAAGUGGGACGGCCGCGGUCGUUCACCCUCCGGAGCCGAGGAAGUCGACGAUUGGCGCUCGUAAACCGGCUGCAAAAAGUGGACUCGGAGCUAGGAAGGGACUCGGUGCUCAACGUGUGAAAGCAAACUUUGAUGAAAUCGAACGGGAAGCUCAAAUGAAUGAUGAGAUUAAGAUUAAAACUGUUGAAGAGGUGAAGAAGCCAACAGAAGAGGAGGAAGAACAGCAGUUGACGUCAAUGAGACUGGCUUAUCAAGAUUUGAGUGUUAAGCAAAAAAGAGAAGAGGAAAGAGUGAAGCAGUUUGACAAAAACAAAGCGCAGCAGGUCGAGCGUCUCGGAAUGGGCUUUUCUAACAGAUCAGGGAUUAGUCACUCGGCCAUCAGUGAUAUGAAGGCAAUCGAGCAAGAAGGUGUUGUGGAGAAGAAAAAGUUGACGAUGCCCAGCUCUCGAUCCACAUUCGAAUCCGACUUCUUUGAUGAUUUCCAGUCAGGAUUUUCCAUGUAUAAAAGCAGCGAGCCAAAGAGCACCGGCAGUGCUUGGGGAACUUUUGACGAAAGUGAGCCUGCCAGCAGUUCGAGCAGUAGCAACGGCAAACGAUGGACAGAGCCUGAGCCAGUCAAACCGGCAGCUAGAAGCUCUGCCAAUGCAGCCGCGUCGGAAGGCGACGCGGCUCAGAAAAAGUUUGGCAGCGCAAAAGCCAUUUCUUCAGACCAAUACUUCCACGAUUCAGAAUCCAAAGAUUGGGAGCGAAAAACAAAUUUGCAACGUUUUGAAGGCUCCUCGAGCAUUUCCUCUGCAGACUACUUUGACGACGGCUCCGGCAGCAGCAGUCAGCAGAGAAGCAACAGUGGUCCGGCUUACCAAUCGCCCGACUUGGAGGAUGUGCGUGAGAGUGUGAGACAAGGUGUGACCAAAGUUGCUGGCAAGUUGAGCAACUUGGCCAACGGAGUGAUGAAUUCUUUCCAGAGUGGCAUCAUAUCCAAUUUGCAGGAGCGGUACGGCUACUAAUCGGACACUCCAAGCUGCACUGCAUUUCAAGCUGCCUGCCUUUACUGUGAAAAUAUUUAGUUUCGAGAUCAUUCGCCACCGUACUCUGCAUUGGAAAAAAAUAUACAUAUGAUCUUUAUUUAAUACCAAGGACUUGCUAGGCACACAGUUGUUCCGUUUCCAAAUUAUAUCUCUAAAGAAUAUUUAUAACUCUCUCGUGAUUAAUUCACAUUGACUAUUUUGUCUGCACAUUGUUUAGUUUGAUUACUAUAAAGUUGAUGCUGUUUUUGUAAUACCGGGUAAAAUUAAAUUGGAAGAAUAAAAGCUACAGAUUUUUAAAGUGAAAA